GUAAAUGUGGAUGCCACUGUUUCUCCUGGUGAUCAUAUCUGUAUCGAGCUCUUCACUUCAUUAACCAAGUAUACUUAAUAAUAAUUUAAUAAGCAGUGAUUAGUUAAAUUUUUUUUUGUGGAGCUCUGCAAGCUUCUGCGACGAGCCUGAUUCCACCUGCAUGCUUCCUUUGUCCUGAAAUUUCAAUGGCGAAUCUCGUUUCCGCUUCGCCGUUUCCGGCGACACCGAGUCGAAAGCGGCGACUCACCUCGUCACGAGUCAACGGUCAAAGUAUGUCUCCAUGUUCCUACCGCGGCUUCCUUUCCUUCCAUGCCUUUGUUUAUUCAACACGAAAGACGAGAAGAGAGAAAAACAAGAAGAGAGUAUUGUUGUUGAAGAUUCUUCUGGGGCCAGGAUUAGAAAAAAAUGGAGAGGGCAUUGACUCUUAAAGUAAAGCAGUCCAGUCUGCCCGCCAUUCCAAAAAUGGCAGGCAUUUCAACUUCGUUGAAAAAAGUGUCAUCCCCCUUUCAGGGGAUGAUUCAGUUUGCUGGGACACGAGGACUCGAAUACUUGAUGCUUGGAUUGAUGGCGGCUGCCAGUUGGGAGGCUUUGACCAUGGAAGCUGCAAACUUUGUUCUGUUUCCUCUGCUUUUUCUCGCCUUCCAAACAUGCUCUAGUCACAGUGAUGUAAUAUCGGCUAAUCAGUCCAUCAAUGAUGGAAGCCUGGUGAUCUCUGAAGGAGGUACGUUUGCAUUGGGAUUCUUCAGUCCUGGCAGUUCUAGCUAUAGAUUUCUUGGCAUUUGGUACCAUGAGAUACCAGAACCAACGGUGGUGUGGGUAGCAAAUAGGAAUGACCCCAUCAUUGGAACUUCUGGUGUUCUCUCUAGUGAUGGGCAUGGCAACCUUUUUCUCUAUAGCAGUGGCGAGAAAGCGCUUCGUCCAGUGUGGUCUGCGAAUGUUUCCGCGGGAGUAAAUGGUCCCUGCGUAGCUCGGUUGCUGGAUUCUGGAAAUUUGGUGCUGAUGGAAGGUGAAAGGAAGAUGUAUACCGUGUGGCAAAGCUUUGAUUAUCCUACAGACACCCUGCUACCUGGGAUAAAAGUUGGGCUGAAUAGGAGAACGGGUUCGAGCCACUUCUUGACAUCUUGGAGAUCAGCAGAUGAUCCUGGAACAGGAAAUUUCUCAUUUGAGCUGAACCCAAGUGGCUCGCCGCAGUUCUUUCUGUACCACGGUAACAAUCCUUACUGGCGAAGUGUUCCGUGGCCGUGGGAGAGUAACCAUGAUUUUUUCAACGACACCUUUGACAACAAUGAAGAUGGGAUAUACUAUUCAACUGCUAUAAUGGAUUCUUCAGUUUACAUGAGGGCUGUUGUCGAUCCCUCUGGGAUAUUGAAGUCAAUGACAUGGGAUGGAGGUGAUAGCCGGUGGAAGGCGUUUUAUGCAUCACCUAAGCAGAAGUGUGAUUUCUAUGGAACUUGUGGCCCUAACAGUAAGUGUGAUCCUAGCAUUGUUUUUCCCUAUGAAUGUGCUUGUUUACCUGGUUAUGAACCCAGGUUUCCGAAAAAGUGGCAUUUAAGAGAUGGAUCUGGUGGGUGUGUCCGAAAGCGAGCAGAAUCAACCUCAAUUUGUGGAGAAGGAGAAGGGUUUGUGAGAGUUGAAAAAGUGAAGCUUCCUGAUACUUCAGCAGCCGUCUGGGUGGGCUUGGGAACGAGUAAAUUAAACUGUGAAGGGGAAUGCCGGAAAAACUGUGCAUGCUCUGCAUAUGCUACUAUCGAUAUUGGUGGGAAAGGUAUUGGUUGUUUGCAAUGGCAUGGAGCAAUGAUGGAUACGGUGGAUUUUCCACUCCGCGCUUAUGAUCUCUAUGUUCGCGUUGAUGCUCUUGAACUAGCGGAUUAUCUGAAGGAUUCCAGUGGCUUUGUUGAGUUCAAGCUGAAGAUAAGCAUUAUUGUACCGUCUGUUGUAUCAGUGUGGAUUGUCAUUGCCUUACUUGCUUAUUUAUGGCUCAGGAAGUGGAAAAAGAGGAGAGUGAAGAACAGACUCAUCCGAAACUUGUUUCAUACAAGUGAUGGUUCAAAUUACUUUGAAACUUCUGAAGCAACAAAGGAAAUCAAGCACAGUACUACCAUAUAUCCUGAACUGCCAUUUUUCAGCCUCGGGACAAUCCAGGUCGCCACCAACAAUUUUUGUCCUACCACCAAACUUGGACAAGGAGGUUUUGCUCUAGUGUACAAGGGAAAGCUACCCAACGGACAAGAGGUUGCUGUUAAAAGACUUACUAAAAAUUCAAGCCAGGGGCUAGAACAAUUGAAGAACGAAGCGUUAUUAAUUGCGAAGCUCCAGCACAGGAACUUGGUGAAGCUCCAUGGAUGCUGCAUUGAGGAUGGUGAACAGAUGUUGGUCUAUGAAUACUUGCCCUACAAUAGCUUGGACUCGCUUCUCUUCGUCGAUGAUAGCCAGAGAUUGUUCUUGGAUUGGAGGAAACGGUUCAAUAUCAUAAUCGGGAUAGCACGUGGGGUGUUGUAUCUUCAUCAGGAUUCGAGGUUCAGAAUUAUCCAUAGAGACUUGAAGCCUAGCAAUAUUCUCCUGGAUGCUGAGCUCAACCCCAAAAUUUCUGAUUUUGGAAUGGCUAGAAUGUUGGACUACCACCAAACCGAAGGCAAGACGAGCAGAAUCUGUGGGACAUAUGGCUAUAUGUCACCAGAGUACGCACUGUUUGGGAGGUUUUCGGUAAAAUCCGAUGUCUUCAGUUUCGGGGUGAUCUUGAUGGAAACUGUAGCGGGGAGGAAGAUCAAUUGGUUCUCUCAGCAGGAUCCUUCUUUGAGCUUGAUCGGCCAUGUGUGGGAACUAUGGAGGGCAGGAAGAGCCGCAGAGGUAGUCGAUUCGUCGCUGAUGCUGAAGGACUCGAAUGUCGCAGUAAGAUGCAUCCAAGUGGGGCUGUUGUGUGUGGAGGAAAAUCCAGCAGAUCGACCCGAUAUGCAGGCAGUGGUGCUCAUGCUGAACAGUGAGACGACGCCUCUUCGAACGCCAAAUCGACCUGCAUUCGUUUGCGUGAGAUCCAAGGUAUCGUCCGUGAAAGAUCCUGUGUGCUCGGUAAACGAGAUGUCAUUCUCAGGAAUCUUCAACCGCUGAAUCGAUCUCAUAGUUUGCAUCAAUAGGAAUUCUGUCAAGAGCUGCUAGCCUGCUACGAGACUUUAAAUGAAAAUGUCUUUCGCCAUUUGACAUUAGCGGGUAGUCGGUAGAAACUCCAUGGAUGCCUAAGGAUCUACAGUCAACUUAGUGGGUUGAUUAAGGUUUGGAAUGGAAUGAUGCUAUACAACAUCCUUCAGGAAUACAAUAACUUAUCCAGAAUUGGAAACAAUUAUUUUAAGUUUUGAUACUUCCGACUUGCUUUGAGUCGUUGUGAGCAUUUAAUUUUCGCUAAUACACUAAUUGGUAAUCUGCUCUACAGUCUACACAUUGAUAAUGUGGAAGGUGGGACAUCAAAAUGUCCUAAGUAUCAUGUAAAAUUCAACAACAUUUUUACAACAUAUUUGGAACGAUAACAUAAGUAGCAUUUCUAUGCAAGUAUUCACAUCUCAUUUGUACCGGAAGAGCUCCAAAACAGUAACAACUAGUCCAAAGUUAGGCUGUCACAAUCGUUUUAAAUUGCAUCCAUUUCAUUGUAUUUUUUUCAAGAAUCAUUCAUCUAAAUAACCCUUAAGAAAGACUGGCGAUUAAGAAUUUUAUUUAAUCUCAACCAUUAAACUGAUUUAGAACAUUGAGAUUGGAUUACAAAGCGGUAGACUCCGAGCCUGUGACAAGUAGACCUGGCAAUCGGGUCGGGUUGGGGACUUCGGUUAUGGGUCGGGUCAUGUUUGGUUGGCUGAUUUUGGGUCAAAUAUUGAGCUAACCCAUUCGGUUUCGGGUCGGGUUACAGGUCAUUUUGGGUUAUGAGCGUUCUCAGAAGCAAUAUCAAACAUGCUUCAUAUUUUCUUACAGAACACAAAUGUUCACAUAUGCAUGACAAUACUUUACCUAACACAUGUCAAUUAACAUAUACUCAAAUCCUCCCACGCUAAUGAAAUGAAAUACAAAUUGCACAGAUCGUCAAAAAACAAUCACAAGAGUAAUACUACUACAAGAAACGCAUGAUAUUUGA